UAAGUGCCCUGGCAGACAGGUGGCUCCAUCAACACUCCCACCUUCUCCUCAAGAAACCUCAGCAAUAUUUCUUUAGCAAAAUGAAGUUCCCAGUUCUUCUCCUCCUGACUACUCUGGCUGGAGUUCUCAUGGGUGUCGCUGGACAGGCUUCUACUUCACUAGCCCCAGAGACCACAGCCUCAGCAGAGACCACAGCCUCAGCAGAGACCACAGCCUCAGCAGAGACCACAGCCUCAGCAGAGACCACAGCCUCAGCAGAGACCACAGCCUCAGCAGAGACAACAGGCUCAGCAGAGACAACGGCCCCACAGACAACUGCCUCACAGACCACAACUUCACCUUCCCAACAGUCAACAACAUCUACCACUAGACAUCUUACCGACAAAAUUUUCCCCGGAGGCAGGAAGAAAUGAACCUGUAGCAAUCAUUCUUUAAAAGAAUUCCUUAAAGGAAAUCAUUGAAAAAAUAUUUAUAUCAAUCUAAACUAUUAAA